AUGAUAUAUUUUGAAGAUAAAAUAUUUACCUGAGCAUGAGCAUGAUGAUAAUUCUUGAAUAGAAGAUGAUGAAAAAGGGAAGAAGAUUUUUCUUCCUCUUCACCGUGUGUGUGAACUCGAGUGGGAACAAAAAAUAUCAUCAUGAAAAUUAACAUCACUUUGAUAUAGAAUUGCAUUUGCCUGGAUUGAGAACUUCAAACUAAACAUUAUCAUCUUUCUCUCUCUCUCUCUCUCUCUCUCUUAUCAUCAACAACUUUCUGUUGCUUCCUAUUCAGAACUACUCACAACUUUCAUCUGAAACUGAAUCAUUGAUGAAAUUACAUUGAACAUAAUAAUAAACAACAAUAAUAAUCAACCUCAGAUUCAUCAUCAUAAUCAGUUUUUUUUUUCAUCAUCUUGUUCAUCAACCUAAUUGUUGUUAUGAUUAUUUAUCAUUAACCUGUCAAUUUCAUUCUGUUCAGUUCAUUCAGGGUGUUUAUAUCCAUGUGUUCAACUAUUCAGGUGGAUUUCUCGAUUCAAUUGUUGAUUGUAAAUCACUUUGAAUGAAAGUUUAUCAAAUAUUUUACAUCGAUCCUCGUGUUUAACCAAAUCGCUAUUAAACUGAAUACAAGUGAUAACUAAACUUUAUAUAAAGUUAAUUGUUAUUCGUGUUCCCAUCUAAUUGGAGAUUUAAAAAGUUUUAUUUUAUUUUUUUUCUGCUUCUUCUUGGUGAAACAAUUAAAUCAAUUAAUUGGGUUUAUUAGUUUUCUUAUUUCUUUCCUGGUCUUGAAAUCCUUCAAUUGACAAUGGAGGAUUUAAAUUUAUCGUUAACUGAACCAUUUUCAUCGCAAUUAACAAAUAAUCAUGACAAUCGCUCACCGAUUGCUGGUAAAUCAUUAAGACCAAUUAAAUUUCACUUUGCUUUCAGUAUUUUGGUAAUAAUUGUUGUUCUGUCAACAUUUUUCAAUGUCAAAUCAUCAUCAUCAGGAAUUUACAGUACCAGUGAUCGACAAGUGACCUCGGAAAUGAUGGAAGACUAUGGUGACGGUGGUUUAGUUAGACUGAUUUUAACUAAAAAACACACUUGUAUAAGACGUGGAGCCAUUUGUGACCUCAGGCCAAAUGACUGUUGCGGUAGCUCAUUGUGUAAAUGUAAUUUGUGGGGCACUAAUUGUCGCUGUCAACGGAUGGGACUAUUUCAAAGGUGGGGGCGAAAAUGAAUUAACAACAAUUAACUGAUCAUUCACUCAUUCACUUCACUCUCAAUUCUGGUAUUAAAUCACUUUCAUCAUCAUAAUCAUCAUUAUUAUCAUAUUUGAAUCUCUCUCUCUCGCUCUUUGAAUUAAUUUGAUUGUUUUGUUUGUUUCCUCUCAUUUAGUUAUAAUUAUUAAAUUGUAACAUGAUUAGCAGAUAUUACUAUUUGUUAUCUCAAUUAUUAUUAUUAUUUGGGUUGGAUUUGGAUUUACAAUUAAGAUUAUUGUGAAAAAAUCACUAAUGUAAUAGGUUAUCAUUUAUGAUUACAAUUAUCACAAUAAAAACAAAAGUUUAAUUAAAAACCAUUUGAUCAAUGUAAUGAUAAUAACAAUUAAAAAGAAAUAUGAU